AUGGAAAUCUCGCAAAAAUUAAUAGAUUGUACAUCUCACUAUCCAUCACUUCAACUAUUUUGUCAAUGUAAUUGCGCUGAGGACUUCAUUAAACUUCAUACUUUAACAAAUUAUUCUCAAACAAUAGCAUUAGCAAUUGAUCUUCCUCAAGAUCCAAAAGAAUUCAAGAUUUUAAGUACUUUACCACUAUCUGCGCUGUUUGUCAACUCAAAACACUUUGAAAAAAAUUCAAUUAAGCAGGAGUUUAUUCCAUUUUUGAAAGAAAUGACUAUCAGACAAAUACCAAUAUUUGUGGAAACGGAUAUACCACAUUUUACAUUUUGUUUCUUUUCUCUUGGUAAAAUUUUAAAUGAUUUAGUGCCAACAAAUUUCUAUGGACUAAGUUUUCCCCUUUUACCACUUGAAAACGAUUUGAAUUCCAUGCAAUAUCAAAAAUUGGAGUUUGAUACUGCAAAAUAUGAUUUAUAUGAAGAAUUCACCCGAAAAGCUCUAGAGAUGAAAGGUCCAGAUGCCUAUGUUGCCAUUGUUGGAGCAGGUAGAGGUCCAAUUGUUGAUCGUGCUGUAAAAGCUGGAGCAAAAAAUGUAAUAAUUGUAGAAAAAAAUGUUUCUGCUGUAAUUCUUCUUAAACAAAGACUAGAAAGAGAGUGGCCAUCGACGUACAAAUUAUAUGAAGGAGAUAUGCGCAAUGUUAAGCUUCCUUUUCAAAUUGAUAUCAUUGUUUCAGAACUUUUAGGAAGUUUUGGAGAUAAUGAACUUUGUCCUGAAUGUCUAUAUGGAUGUAAUCGUUUUUUGAGCAAAGAUGCCAUUUCAAUUCCUCAAAAUCUCAAAUCUUUCUUAGUUCCUAUCAAUUCUCAUUAUUUAUGGUGUGAAGCCUUUCACAAGAGCUUAGAUUACAUAUGGGUAACAUCAAUGGCCACUGCAAUUCCGAUUGGACAAGAAAAAGAAAUAAAUUCUUUUGAAUUUCCUUCGGCAUCCAAAGAUUUUUACAAUAGUAAAGUCUUUGAGUUUGAAGCUGACACUGAUUCUACUUUGAAUGGUUUUUGUGGUUGGUUUGACUCAAAAUUAUUUGAAGAAAUUCAUUUGUCGAAUUCAUUCAAAUCUCAUACGAAUGCAAGUGAAAGUUGGCUACAUAUAUAUGUUCCUAUACGGAAGCCCGUCAAUGUCAAGAAAGGACAAAUAAUUAAAUUAUUAUUUUCCAGAAGAACUGAUGGAAGGAGAGUUUGGUAUGAGUGGGCAUUAGUUGAGCCUGAGUUAAUGGGAAUCCAAAAUGCAUUUGGCUGCAAAUACUCAAUUAAUCUUUUUUACUAA